AUGCGACGCCGAAGUAACGUCUUCGACGCGGACAUGGUCCGCCCGUUCAGCGCGUCAACGAUUGUGUGCGUUUACACGGAACUACGCAGCCCGACUGUAACGUCGCAACCGAUGUGCGCGACGCGGCCAGAUCGGGCGCACAGCGCGAGCGUUUCGCCGCGCGGUCGUGAUAACAGCAACGGUGAUACCGAAUGCGGUGACGGUCGAAACGGCCUGAGUAGGCGACGACGGCAGCAUCGGAAGAAGGUCUUUUUCAUGGUCGGAAACUACCCGGUUGACGACGACCUUACAGCUGCCUUACAGUUUCCCGAUCGACGACCCAUCGACGUCCCGGUGUCACGGGAUUUUAAUACCGAAGAAAAUCAUACCUCCUCGGCAGUACGAUAA